CGGCGGCGGCGGCGGCGGCGGCGGCGGCUCGGCAGGCGGGUUUAGGCUUCGGGGCCAGGUCGGUGGGGUGGGUGGGUAUCUCCACAGUCAGUACUACGUGGGCCAGUCCGUGCGUCUACCUCCUCCCUCCACUCUAAUCCCUUUCCCCUUCUCUCUUAACCUGCUACCCCACCCAGGCCCCCUCUUCAGGGGGCCGCAGGGCCGCUGCCUCCGUCCUUCCCUUCCUUACCCACCCUUACCCUCCCUGUUUCUCCUUCCCCUGCUUGGGACAGCCGCCGCCAUGAUCCUGCUAGAGGUGAACAACCGCAUCAUCGAGGAGACGCUCGCGCUCAAGUUCGAGAACGCGGCCGCCGGGGGGACCCUUCCUUUCGUAUUCCGCGCUGUUUUAACGAGCCCAGAGAGUCCGUUUGGAAUUGGGUUGGCAGGAGUUUUCAGGAAUUCCCAGGACUGGAAGAGGGAAGAUGAUGCAGCCCCAGAUCGCCACCAGUGUUCUCGUUCCCCGCCCCCAUCUCCUCUAAAGGAACAGGAGGGAAGACUGAAAGCCGACCCAGUCUUGCAGCCAGAAAAACGCUAUCUCUCUAGUUGCCCUUACCCGAAAGCUACAAACAAACCAGAAGCAGUAGAAGUAACAUUUGCAGAUUUUGAUGGGGUCCUCUAUCAUAUUUCAAAUCCUAAUGGAGACAAAACAAAAGUGAUGGUCAGUAUUUCUUUGAAAUUCUACAAGGAACUUCAGGCACACGGUGCUGAUGAGUUACUAAAGAGGGUAUACGGGAGUUUUUUGGUAAAUCCAGAAUCAGGAUACAAUGUCUCCUUGCUAUAUGACCUUGAAAAUCUGCCCACGUCCAAGGAUUCCAUUGUACAUCAGGCUGGCAUGUUGAAGCGAAAUUGUUUUGCCUCUGUCUUUGAAAAGUACUUCCAGUUCCAAGAAGAAGGCAAGGAAGGAGAGAACAGGGCAGUUAUCCAUUAUAGGGAUGAUGAGACCAUGUAUGUUGAAUCCAAAAAGGACAGAGUCACAGUAGUCUUCAGCACAGUGUUUAAGGAUGAUGACGAUGUGGUCAUUGGAAAGGUAUUCAUGCAGGAGUUCAAAGAAGGACGCAGAGCCAGCCACACAGCCCCACAGGUCCUCUUUAGCCACAGGGAACCUCCUCUCGAGCUGAAAGAUACAGAUGCCGCCGUGGGUGACAACAUUGGCUACAUCACCUUUGUGCUGUUCCCUCGCCACACCAACGCCAAUGCUCGAGACAACACCAUAAAUCUGAUCCACACGUUCCGGGACUACCUGCACUACCACAUCAAGUGCUCUAAGGCCUAUAUUCACACACGUAUGCGGGCAAAAACAUCUGAUUUCCUCAAGGUGCUGAACCGUGCACGCCCAGAUGCCGAGAAAAAAGAAAUGAAAACAAUCACGGGGAAGACGUUUUCAUCCCGCUAACUCUUGGGAAUAAGAGGAGGAAGCGGCUAGCAACUGAAGGCUGGAACACUUGCUACUGGAUAAUCGUAGCUUUUAAUGUUGCACCUCUUCAGGUUCUUAAGGGAUUCUCCAUUUUGGUUCCAUUUUGUACACGUUUGGAAAAUAAUCUGCAGAAAUGAGCUGUGCUUGCAAGGACUUCAUAGUUCCCAAGAAUUAAAAAAAAAAAAAAAAUUCCACUUGAUCAACUUAUUCCUUUUCUUUAUCUCCCCUCCCUCACUCCCCUUCCAUUCUACCCUCUUUUCCAAGCUGUUUUGCUUUGCAAUAUGUUACUGGUAAUGAGUUGCAGGAUAAUGCAAUCUUAACUUGUUUUCUUCUAAGUAUUUGAGUUCAAAACUCCUGUAUCUAAAGAAAUACGGUUGGGGUCAUUAAUAAAGAAAAAUCUUUCUAUCUUA